CGACAGCCGCCUCUAUAGCUCUGCACCACUCUGUGUUAUCUAUGAUCCAUUGUAUACCGACUCACGGAGGAAUCGAAGCUCGAACGCCAUGCAGGACUGCGAUUUAACGACGUCGACGGUCCUAGUACAUUUCAAAGAGAUGGUUACUUGUGUCAAUCGUUCUUCCAUCUGUGAUGGCAAAGGUCACCUGUUGCAUGCGGUUUGCUAUUUGCACGGUACCAGCGGCUCCGGACGUGGUCGAGUUCCUACACUAUCUCGACCUGUUGCUCUUGUUUCCUAAAACGUGUCAUACCACCCAUCACAUUCCAAUGAUUGCCGCUCCUAUGGAGAGGAACUUCGUGUAAUCACUAUAUGCGUAAACAUGCAGACGGUCGUAAAUAGGGGCAAAACGAGGUAAACCACAUCAAACCCUUUCUAGAUUUUGUGCAUGUUUAUCACAUUGUACAUGUUGUCUUCUCGGUAUUGCUCUGUAACACUCCUAUAUCAAGAGAGGCAAACGCCUACAUGUCGGUGUUAGUAAAGUGUGGCGUGUAUAACAACAGACUCAAGAGAAGGGACAGUUUGCGAUUUCACAAUGGGAGAUGGUUUCAGGCGAUGAUGCACGCCCUAUCACUUGUUGGAUAGGCGUUGACGUCAUUUUCACCCAAACAGAUGUAUUUUGGGCACAGUGUGGUUUUUCAUAUAUCUUGCUGGAGAGCCGACUUAGUAGUCAUAAGUUUGUUGCUCAUCUUUCGGUCGACGGUCAUGUUCAUUGUGGCUAUUGCUGGUAUCUUGCAGUUGAGUUUAGUGCUUAUGCGAAGAAGCGCUGCAGCUAGCUCAGGUGGUGGAAGUUAUGUGCAGUGUUAUCGAGUUGAAAAGAAAGUGGAUUGGGCGCCUUUUGGAGCCUUUGGAAAUGUUAGUCUUAAAAAGGGAAAACCGCUAGCCAACAUGCGGAGAGCUCUUUCAAACGAAUACCAAGUUCUCAAUUCUACAGAUCUAUUUGGAAGUAGCGGCUACCACACAAAUACCGUCUGUGAAUACCACUUUAAAAUAGAAACAAGAGUCAAAGUCAAGUUUUACAGCAUCGACUUCGAUGAACGUUCGGGUGAUCCUUCAAACGGUCUCUCUUCCUUCAAAGAUUGCGAACGCGCUCCACAGAGUCACGACCGAGAUUACCUAGAACUGAAUGUCAUCGAUCAGAAGGGAAAGUCGCGUGUAUUCUGCGGUCGAGGCAGAAGGGCGACUCGACGAAUAUUACCCAAGGAUUUGCGAGCAGGAGAGUCAGAAUUGGUCAUCACGUUUUGGUCAGACUCUGUUGAUGUUGGAAAGGGAUUUUCUGGUAUACUACGACGACUUUAGAACUUAACUUCUUGACAGUAGAGAUACAGUUAUUGAUAAUUUUUAUACGUUUAUAGAUGCAAUUUAAAGAUUGCGUAUUGUUUUGGAUGUUGUAUAUUCGUAUACUUGCAGUAUGUGUUUGUGAACCCUAGUAAAAUUUGUAAACUUUAAUUGUAUUACAUACAAAAAUUUAUUACCAGACACAUUAGUGAUGUACGCAAAUUAUGUUGAACUUCGUUG